UCAUCUGGCUUAUUGCUCAUAUAGAGAGAGAGAGAGAUGGGUGGAGUUUUUCUCUAUGUUUUCAUCUUUCUCCUUACUCUAAUACUCACAUAUACUUUUCUAGGAAGGGGCAAGAAAGAACCCCAGAAAAGAGCUACCCUUCCACCUGGUUCAAUGGGUUGGCCUUACGUAGGAGAGACUCUUCAACUCUACUCCCAAGACCCAAGUGUUUUCUUUGCAGCCAAACAGAAAAGGUAUGGAGAAAUUUUCAAGACCCAUAUUCUUGGCUGCCCGUGUGUCAUGCUGGCUAGCCCCGAGGCGUCACGGUUUGUGUUGGUGACACAGGCUCACUUGUUCAAACCCACCUACCCGAAAAGCAAAGAGCGCCUGAUUGGACCGUCAGCGCUGUUUUUUCACCAAGGGGAAUACCAUACUCGUCUCAGAAAACUUGUUCAAGGAUCCUUGUCCCUUGAGGCUCUCCGUAACUUGGUGAAGGGAAUCGACGCCAUUGCAGCAUCUACCUUUGACUCAUGGGGAGGCGGCCAUGUCGUCAACACUUUCCAUGAACUGAAAAAGCUUUCUUUUGAGGUUGGUAUACUUGCAAUUUUUGGCCAUUUGGACGCCCGCUACAGCGAGGAGCUAAAGAAAAAUUACUCUUUAGUCGACAAUGGCUACAAUUCCUUUCCCACGAACAUUCCAGGAACUCCCUACAAAAUGGCGCUACUGGCAAGAAAAAGGCUCACUAUGAUUCUGAGUGCUAUUAUUUGUGAGAGGAAGGAGAAGAAAUUAGAAGACAAAGAUCUUUUGGGUUGUCUAUUGAACUCCAAAGACGGAAGGGGAGACACCUUAAGCGAAGAUCAAAUCGCAGACAACAUUAUUGGAGUGCUGUUUGCAGCUCAAGAUACUACAGCUAGUGUCAUGACAUGGAUUGUCAAGUACCUCCAUGAUAACCCGAAACUUCUAGAGCUUGUAAAGGCUGAACAGAAGGCUGUUCGUAAAUCAAAUGAUGAUGAAGGUAAUCAGCCAUUGAGCUGGAGUCAGACAAGAAACAUGCCAACAAGUUACAAGGUAGUACUGGAAAGCUUGAGAAUGGCAAGCAUUAUAUCUUUCACCUUCAGAGAAGCAGUGGCUGAUGUGGAAUAUAAAGGGUACCUAAUCCCAAAAGGUUGGAAAGUGAUGCCUUUGUUCAGGAACAUUCACCACAACCCGGACUUCUUCUCUGAUCCUCAAAGAUUUGAUCCUUCAAGAUUUGAGGUUGCCCCGAAGCCCAAUACAUUUAUGCCUUUCGGCAGUGGAGUGCAUGCCUGCCCCGGAAAUGAGCUCGCAAAACUGGAGGUGCUGAUUAUGAUCCACCAUUUGGUCACCAAAUUCAGGUGGGAACUGGUGGAAUCCCAAAGUGGGAUUCAGAAUUCCCCAUUCCCAGUGCCCAUGCAUGGACUCCCAGCCAGAUUUUGGAAAGAAUCUACCAGCUAGAUGCCACCUCCUUUCCAAAUUAACCUUUUUUUUUUUCAUUCAUACUUUUACUGUCUAUUUUUUGCUUUCAUUUUUGCUCUCCCUGGCCCAU